AACAACAGUCCCGUCAGGCCAAGAACAAUUCGUGCCUCUUCUCAAUUCGCAUCAUCCGUCGCAUAUGUAGCAAGGAAAAUAUGAAUGGAUUUAUGAGCACCAGUCGACUUUGCGCGCGCCGCACGGGCUUCUUCGCGAUCCCGCAAUCGCGUCACACCACCUCGACCAACAUCCCCUCGGUCAGUAUCAGCCUGCAAAAACACCGGACCAGCAGCCAAUGCUGUAGCAAAAAGAACGCCUCACAACCAUCGACGCCACCAUCUGUAACAUCCCGCGACUUUUGGACCUUGAAGUCGGCUUGGAAGAGGGCUUCUGUCAACACUACGCGAUGCCUCAUCGGGUGUACAGUCGGCGAUUUCGCGGCCAUGUGGUUUCUCCAGGCCUAUUAUCCCGGGCUCAGUAUGGGAAUAGUGAUGCCAAUCUCAAUGGCCUCUGGUGUUUCAACGUCCAUUCUUCUGGAGACGGUAAUGCUUCGCAUCGGCCGUGAUGGAUUGACUUGGCUUACGGCGAUGAGGACAGCUGUUGGCAUGAGUCUGAUCUCGAUGUUGACCAUGGAAGCAGCUGAAAAUGCAGUGGAUUACUAUUUGACGGGUGGCCAAGUUGCUCUUGACGAUCCGUCAUUCUGGCUUGCUGCUCUGGUAUCGAUUGCAGCGGGUUUCCUGGCGCCGCUGCCGUACAAUUACGCGAGGUUGCGUAAAUACGGAAAAGCCUGCCACUGAAAAGCCCACGAGAAAGCAUCUUGCGUCUGGUUUUAAGCUUGUAUUAUUAUGUGCGUGUCUGAUGAACUAUAGAUAGAUAUCAGAUGGAAUCUCUAUUCUUUUAUAUCACAA